CUCGAGCAAGACACGGACCUAUCAUACUUGCCGACAUGUCCGCUCCCACCGCCUACAAACCCGUCUACGCCGAAGGCGACCCCGGUAAGGGCAUUGGUGGCUACGACCUCAAGUCGCCCGCAGACAGGGCGUUCGCCUUCGACUACGACUCCUCCGGCAAGCUCGACCACAUCGUGCUGUACCGCCCAGGCACCGGCACCUGCUGGAUCCUGAAGAAAGGGGACAACGGCUGGGUGCCCGUGUACGCUCAGGGCGACCCCGGGAAGGGCAUCGGGGGCUAUGAUCUCAGAUCCCCCGACGAUAGGCUCAUUGCCUUCGAUUAUGACCACUCCGGGAAGGCGGACCACCUGGUCUGCUACCGUCCCGGCACAGGCACGAUAUGGAUCCUAAAGAACGACUGCGGGCAAUUUCGGGCGGUGUACGAGGAGAGCUGUGGGAUCGGGGGAUACGAUUUGAAGUCGAAAGCGGAUCGAUGCUUCGCAUACGAUUAUGACAGUUGCGGUAGGAUCGAUUUCCUCGCCUUGUACCGCCCCGGUACGGGUACUAUUUGGAUAUUGAGCAAUUGCAGUGGCACGUUCACCGCUGUCUAUGCGCAGGGCGAUCCUGGCAGCGGUAUCGCGGGGUACGACCUCAAGUCGCCGGCGGACCGCUGCUUCGCCUUCGAUUGGGAGGGUAAUGGCAAACUGGACGAGAUUGUGCUAUAUCGCCCUGGCACGGGCACGGUGUGGAUCGUGCAGAAGCAGGGGACGGUGUUCAAAGCUGUAUAUGCGCAGGGAGACCCGGGGCAGGGCAUCGGAGGAUACGAUCUGAAGUCGCCAGCGGAUCGCUGCUUCGCGUUCGACUACGACGGUGGGGAGAAGCUGGACGAGCUUGUCUUGUAUCGUCCUGGCACGGGGACCCUGUGGAUCCUGCAGAGGGACGGGGCGGCCUAUACGCCGGAUUACGCCCAGGGUGAUCCUGGCCUCGGGAUAGGUGGUUACGACCUGAAGUCUGCGGCGGACAGGUGUUUCGCCCUCGACUACAAGUCGAACGGGAACCCCGAUCACCUAGUGCUGUACCGUCCUGGAACCGGUACUUUGUGGAUCCUGGAGAGGGAGACCUAG